CGGACAUGCAGUUUGCUCCUACCCCAGUGCCUACCAUGCUCUGCCCCCUCCUCCAAGAUCCCAACAACGCCACAGUCUGCUCCGAUGACAAAACGCUACUCAAGGACUACUUCCUUUCAGCCGCCUACAGCCUCCUCUUCGCCGUGGGGCUGGCGGGCAACCUCACCGCCAUCGUGGUCUACGUCACCAUGCUGCGGCCAUGGAAGACCAGCGCCGUCAUCAUGGUGAACCUGGCCCUGGCCGACCUCCUGCACAUGCUGACCCUCCCCUUCCUGGUGCAGUACUACAAAGACGGUGAGACAUGGAAGAGCGGCGCCUACAUGUGCUACCUGGUGCGCUUCGCCUUCUUCCUCAACCUGUACAGCAGCGUGCUGCUCCUCACCUGCCUGGCCGCCUUCCGCUGGCUGGUGGUGGCCCGGCCUCUCUGUGCGGCGCAGGUGCAGCGCCGCAGCUGGGGCCUGGCUGCGUGCGCGGCGGCGUGGGCGGCCGCCAUCGCCCUGGUUGGGCCCAUGCUGUACAUACUCUCCGCGGGGUAUAAGAAAGAUGGGAAUGGUACCAUAUGCGUGGACUUUGCCAGCCAGAGGUCUUGGUGUGUGGGGUGGUACAGCCGGGUGCUCACGGCGCUGGGCUUCCUGUUGCCCCUGGCGACGGUGGCGGCGUGCUACGCAGGCAUCGUUCGGGAGCUCGCCAAAGGGCCGUACAAGGCCAGCCCCCGCCGUGUUCGCGCCCGGCGGCUGCCCCUGGCCAUCCUGGCGGGGUUCGUGGUGUGCUUCCUGCCGUACCACGUGCUCCGCGAGCUGAGGGUGGAGACGGUGCUGGCGACCGAGGACUGGACUUGCAAGGCGAGGUCGGGCAUCCACGUGGCGUAUAUAAUCUCGCGCCCGCUGGCGGCCGCCAACACCCUGUGCAACCUGGGGCUAAAUACGCUGGCGGGGGGGCGGUUCCAGCGGGCCAUCUGGCGGAUCGUUGGCGCGGGCCGCCGGUGCCUCAACGGGGCUCCGCUCGGGCUGGUGGGCGGCACCGACCAGAAGCUCGCCACCCACAACAGGAGGACGCACGUCGUCAACGCGGCCGUCCGAUGCCCGUCGCGAGGGCGGAACGAAGCCGACCGAGAAGCGGCGAACGUGAACAACCCUUGGGUGGAUGUCGGUAAGAAGACCAGGAUGUGA